GAGUCCUAGCAUUUUUCAUCAAAUUUGGGUGGGCCACACCUCACCCGACGUGGACGGUUCACAUGACCUGAUGUACUGUACCGUCUCCGGCAUCGACUCUUUCUCUCUACUAGUCUAGUCUGCAAGAACGAGUGGAAGCAGAGUUUUGUAGUCCCAAUCUAACUCCUGAACAGCAGAUAGAUAAGGAUUUGAUAUCUGUUUUUGUUUCAUUGCAUAUUAAUUUGUAGAUCAGUUUGUGCGUUUGGGAUAUCAGAAUUUAAUAUGAAAUUCCAACUUAAGAAUUCCUUUAAAUCUUCAUAAUAAUCUCCAGACUCCAAAAUCCAAGCUUUCUGUGAAUUCGGAGAGGAGAGAGAAGCUUCGGCGUAGAGCAGUUUCUGGCGGGCAUUGGUGAUGGGUUUGUGAAGAAGGUUCAUUAUUGAUUGGUCUGUUUCUCUUUUAUCUUCUUAGACAGUUUGGUUUCCAAGCUUUAUCAGAAUCAGUCUCUGAACACACCAGAAGGAACUAACCACACCACACCAUGGGAUUCUUAGUUUCAAUUUUUGAAAUUGUGAAGAAUUUGGGGGAAGCAACUGGAAAAUGGUUUGGAUAUAUCAACAGCCUUGAUGCAAAUUUGAAAAUUUUCAAAAGAAAGAUAGAGGAUUUGAGCAGUCAAGAGGAGGAUAUAAAGACUGAACUGAGCAGUGCAGAGCAGCAGUCAAAAGUAGUUCAAGAUUGGCUCGGAGAUGUGCAAAUGUUAAAAGGUGAUGUGCGAACUUUGCAAAGACAAGAGCAAGAAGUAGUAGGAUGGAAGAAUGUCUUCUUACGUGUACAAUUGGGAAACCUUGUUGCGGAGAAGAUUCAAGAGGUGGCAGAACUGCAGGAAAAGUGUAGAUUUUCUAAUGGUUUGCUAAUUGAUGCACUUCCAACUAGUGGACGGUUCAUACCAACAAUGGGAUCUUUUUGUGAAAACACAAGUGCAAGGAACAUGGAGAACGUUUGGAAAUACUUGAUGGAUGAUGAGGUUAGAAGGAUUGGCAUUUUUGGAAUGGGGGGAAUCGGCAAAACAACCAUCAUGCAUCACAUUAACAAUGAACUCUUGAAUGAAGCUUGUAACUUUGAUGAUGUUAUUUGGGUCACAGUAUCUAAAGCUUCAACAUUAGAAAUCUACAGAGGUAGAUAGCAAAGGCACUGAAUCUUGAUUUGUCGAGUUAUGGGGAUGAAACAAAAAGAGCAUCAAAAUUGUAUACAAUGUUUUUCCAAAAGAAGAGGUAUGUGCUCAUCUUAGAUGAUCUGUGGAAAGCAUUUCUUCUGGAUAAGGUGGGUAUUCUAGAACCAUCCAUAUCUAAUGGAUGUAAACUAGUGUUAACUACACGAUCGUUAGAAGUGUGUAGGAAGAUGGAGUGCAGAGCUGUCAAAGUGGAGCUUCUCACGGAAGAUAAAGCACUGAAUCUAUUUAUGAGCAAGGUUGAAGAACAUCAGACAGUUCUUACUCCAAAAGUGAAAGAAAUUGCAACAAAAGUUUCCAAAGAAUGUGCACGUCUGCCUCUUGCAAUCACUACUAUAGCUGGCAGUAUGAGGGGAGUAAAUGACAUUUGUGAGUGGAGAAAUGCAUUAAAUGAAUUGACCAGUUCAACAAAACAGAUCAUGGACAAUGAAAGUAUGAUGUUCGAGCGACUAAAAUUUAGUUAUAGUCACCUAAAUGAAGAAAAGCUCCAACAUUGUUUCUUGUAUUGUGCAUUGUAUCCAGAAGACGAUAUCAUCCCUAGGGAAGAGCUGAUAGAAUAUUGGAUUGCCGAGGGACUAAUAGCUGAGAUGAACAGUAUAGAAGCAAUGUUUGACAAAGGUCACGCUAUAUUAAAUAAACUCAUAAAUCCUUGCUUGUUGGAGAGUCAUACCAACAUACAUAAGGAAGAAUUCGUGAGGUUGCAUGAUUUGAUAAGAGAUAUGGCUCUCAAAAUAACAUCAACUAGUCCUCGAUUCAUGGCAAAAGCUGGUGAGGGAUUAGAAAGAGUACCAUACGAAGAUUGGUCUGAGGAUCUUGAGAGGGUUUCCUAAGAUAGAAGAACUUCCUUUUAGACCACCCAUUUGCCCUCAGCUCAUCACCUUGUUACUGGGAUAUAACCCAUUAUUACGAAUUCCAGAUUCUUUCUUUGUGCAUAUGCAUCAUCUCAAUGUAUUGGAUUUGUCCGGCACCUACAUAGAGUCUCUGCCAGAUUCCUUCUCCAAGUUGGUGAAUUUGCAUACAUUGUUACUGAAGGACUGUGUAAGACUGAAGUAUGUGCCGUCACUGGAGAAACUAAAGGCAUUGAAAGAGUUAAAAUUGAAAAGAAGUCAGAUAGAAGAAGCACCCCAAGGUAUAGAAGAAUUGGUUAACCUCAGCAAUGUCGACAUCUCCUGGAAUAACAGUCUACAGACAUUUCCUUGCUGGAAGUUAUGCAGACUGUCCCAACUCCAAUGCCUUAGAAUUGAUGCAACAAGAGCAAAAGUGUCAGCAAAAGAGAUCUUAUGCUUGAGGCAAUUAAAAGUUCUCCGAGUUCACUUAUUGAAUGUGCAAGAGCUUACUAGUUAUGUGACGUCUCAACAAUGUCAAAGCUUGGAAAACUACUGCCUUAUAGUGGGAAAUAAUUUAGAAUAUGCCAUCAGCACUAUGGGAAAUGAAGUUCGUGUUAAUGUUGAGUCUGAACUUUUUGAAAGUGGAAUAGAUUUGCUAGUGCUCCCCAGAAACAUAGCGUUCUUUGAGAUUAAAAAAUGCCACAAUCUCAUUAGUUUAUCAGAUAUUCUGUCAUUGAGGGAUGGUAGAGAUUUAAGAACAUGUCAUCUCCGAUACUGUAAUAGGAUAGAAUCCAUUUUCUCGUCAUCAUCCUUCUUAGAAGACUGUCAAAUCCCACUAAGAACUGUUGAGUCAUUAUUGUUUCUUGAAUUACCCAAUUUUAGGGCAUUCUUUGACGGAGUUGUUCCUCCAUACAGUCUUUCCUUUAACCUUAAGAAAUUGUACUUCUGUAGAUGUUCCAGUAUUAGGAAUAUUUUCCCUGCUUUGUUGCAGAACUUCCCAAACCUUGAGCAACUUGAAGUGUCUUAUUGUAAACAUGUAGAGGACAUAAUCGUAGAAGUAGAGAUGAGUGAUCAGGGUCAUCAUCAAGAGGAUAGCAACACAAUCACACUACGAAAUUUCCAGAGAUUACAACUGUCAAGUCUACCAAGACUGAAGAGCAUAUAUAAGGGCAAAAUGGUCUGUGGAUCUCUGCAAGAUAUUGUUGUAGACAAGUGUCACACAUUAAGGAGACUACCUCUUUCUUUGGACAUGGAUAACGGGCAAGCAUCAGCACCACCUGCGCUUCAGCACAUUUGGGGAGAUAAUGAAUGGUGGGAAUCUCUGGAUUGGGAUGAUUCUUAUAGCAAAUCCAUUCUUCAGCCUUUGUUCUCCCUUAAAUACUUAGUUGCUCCCUCCCACCAUGUCAUGCACAACCACUUUUUCCAAGAUCCACCAUUGCCGACCACUGCAAACACAUUCGGAGCACAGGGAGGUGCAUUUUGAUUGAAGAUAGCUGGCAGUAAUACAUUGAUGUGUUCUUUUUACCAUUAUUUUGGUAAUGAAUAAACACAAUGUUCUAUUUUCGCAACUGGGUUGCACAAUGUACUGGCACUGUUUGUUGAAAUUUUUGAGUGAAUAUAAUUAUUUCAUUUUGGCUUGAGUUUGACUA